AUGCCCCACAUAUCCCUCACCCGCCCGUCGCUAAACACAUGGCUUCUCACCCUUUCUUCACCACCCGACAACCUUCUCUCAGCUUCUGCGCUGCAAGAUCUCAGCGAGGCGUUGGAUGUUGUUGAGUAUGAGUGGCUGGCUCGUUCUCCCACGUCAUCCGCGUCCUCGACCCAGCUCAAGAAAGAGGACAACGCAAAGAAGGCAAACAUCAAAGGAGCUGGAGCUGGAGCUUUGGUGCUCACCGGAGAAGGUAGAUCUUUCAGCGCGGGUAUCGACCACCUUGCUCUUUUCCAACUCGCCAAGCAGGGCGGCGACCCUGACUCGUUCUUUCCCAAGGUGUUCGAUCCGGUCCUAUGGAGGCUGAUGACCUUCCCGCUAUACACAGUAGCUGCUAUCAACGGACAUGCUAUUGCCGCGGGGAUGAUACUUGCUCUGGCGUGCGACCACCGCAUCAUGACGUCCGGGAAAGGCUUUUUAAGCAUGAAUGAAAUCACACUCGGCACCACCCUCCCCAGCUCUUUCGCUUCAGUCCUCUCCACUGCCUUCCCCAGUCACCGUGACCUGCGAGAUACUGUGGCAGGAAAGCGCUGGGUCCAAAAAGAUCUUUUGAAGCUGGGGCUCGUUGAUGAGGUGUCUACACCUGGAGGAUUGCUCAAGAGGAGCGGUGAAAUCGGACAACAAGAAGGGGUCAAGGUCGCUCUGGGCAAUUGGGGGAGAAUCAAACAAUCCACUCUCGAACCUAUCCUCAAUCUCCCGCCCGCCAACCUGUUAGUCCCCAAGACUCUGCCAUCGUUCGUCGCCCAGCUCAGCCAGGAGAGGCGCCAACAGGUGGAGAUGAGAGUCAGACAGAGGAUGAGAGGAGGGGGAAAGCUCUAA